UACUGCUUUCACUUUUGGUUCGAGCUAUCACUUUAGCUCGCUUUCAGUCCCCUCUGUGUUGCAAUGGACAUGCAAAUCUUCCACUUCAGAAAAUGGACAAAUUGGAUAUUUUGGUACCAGAAUCGCUGUUUUGAAUUCCGGGGCACAUGGCUUAACUAUUACUGGGACAAAGAUGACAUUGGCAAGCUUAUCCGUGGCAGCAUCAACCUCAGCAGUGCCACAGCACAGAGAAUCGACUCGAAGACCCUAUAUUUGUCUAAUGAUAGGGUGACUUACUACCUCAAGUCAGACAGUACAAAGGACAUGGAGGACUUCAUCAGUAGACUUAUAGAGUUGAAGGUCUCUGUGACUGAGAAGUAGAGGAGCAG